ACAGGCAGGUCUUGACUUUUGCUCAUCUCGCUGAGUGCCGCCGGACAAUGGAACCUCACUCUCGUCUAUCUCAGUUCAACGUCAGGCAGCCAAAGGCGGGACCAGCAUUCUCCAACCUACGCUAUAUGGAGUCGCAGCAAAAGCCGACCGACCCUCUGGAGAACUUCAAAAAGCGCCCAGACGGACCGUCGCGGAGGUCCUCUUCAUCCUCUUCAUCUUCCCUCUACGUCUCAAGACCUAUCGCCACAAACUCUCGGGUCAAGCAAGGUGAACAGUAUAGGCAGCGUGGUUACCUCGUGUUCGUGAACAACGCUUUGCAACAGAAGAAGAAUGGCAACAGCGAUGCGUUUGACGAAUUGGUCGACCAGUUCAACCCAAAGAAGAGCACAGUAGAUGCGUCCUUACCCCUGCCUCAAUUACGAGACUGGAUCCUAGCGUUGUCACACGCCGUCUCUCGACUCGAACGCUGUCACUCCGCUCUUGUAGAAGCCAUCGUAAACAUGCCAUGGACAGUCAUGGACACCAGUUUCGUCAAGUCGUACACCUCCUUCAUCGGCAUGCUUAUUAGUGCACGCCCCGAGUAUCUGUCGCUCGUGCUCGGCAGGAUUGCGCACGGUUUCACCUACCAGUCUGGUCUCACAGCAUUGGACUCGAGGUUACCCUCAACCUCUACCAGUCCUCUCACACGACGGGUUGUGUACGAUCGCAUACACUAUCUGCUGCAACACAUCUACUCUCUAAUUCCCACCUUGCCAUCGACCUUGCACCCCUUGCUAGUGCACAGCUUCCCGCAUAAGCGACAGAGCCAAGCCUCCCAGAUCACGUAUAUUCGCAAUAUCCUCAAAGUAACAGAGUAUUGCCCUGAGCUAGCCGAGGGUGUCUUGGGCACCAUAGUUGAUCGAGCCAUUCAGAUCGAUGUCGAGAUUCAAGUAGAACUUGAAGAACUCGAAGAGAGGCUCGCAGAAGAGGAGCAACAGGGUGUCUUCGAGCUUGACCCGUUUGAUACCAUAGUCGGUCAAGAAGGCGAAGAGUCCGAUGACGAGGAUGACGACGGCGAUGGGGACAAUCUUAGUGAUUUGUCAUCCGACGCGGGAGGCGAGGUGGAUGACGAAGCGCACCCGGUCGAAGAUGUGCCGACUAACUUCAAGCACGUCCAAGACAUGGUGGAUAAGCUCGACGCUAUCCUGAAGAAUCUGUUCGACCACUUCAACCAAGUACACGCCGAAACACCCACACUUCACCUCUCCACGCCUGGAACACCAUCAUCUCGCUCCGACUCGCCAUUAACCCCUUUUGAACCCAUCCGUCCCCUAUCACCCACGAUUCUCGAAGAAGGCCGCUUAUUGCGACGUCAACAGUUCCACAUGCUCUUAGCCAUCUUCGACCGCACCAUCCUCCGCACUUUCAAGUCACGCUACACACAGUUCCUCGUCUUCUGGUAUUCUUCCCUCGAUCCCGAGUUCAGCGACCUCUUUCAGGGCAUGUUGGUCUCGAAAUCGCUGUUGGAGGAGGAUCAACCCGCAGUGACCCGAGCUGCCGCUGCGAGCUACAUCGCGAGUUUCGUCAGUCGGGCCCAGUUCGUCGACCGGGAGAGCGCUCGCAGAGUGGUCGCGUGCCUAUGCAACUUCCUGCGAAGUAGACUCGAUAUCUUCGAUGCGGUUAACACUGCAGGCGCCGUUCCGCCGAGCAUGGCACAUCAUAGCAUAUUCUACGCUGUGGUGCAGGCUGUGUUCUUAAUCUUUUGUUUCCGUUGGAGGGACCUCCUCGAGGACCAGGAAGAUGUGGAUGAGUUCACAGCUGCGAGCGCUCCUGCCAAGAAGUGGAUGGCAGAGCUGGAUGUUAUACAGCGGGUUAUACAGUCAGACCUCAAUCCCCUUAAGGUCUGCUCUUCAAACGUCGUAAUGCAGUUCGCCCGUGUCGCGCACGCUACGGACUUCAUCUACUGCUAUACUAUCAUGGAGUCGAAUCGACGGUCCGACUACGCGCCUCAGCCUCCCACUCCUGGAGGUAACAUCCUUCAGAAUGCGAAGCGUUCCGCGAUCCAUCCCUCCAUGCUCGGACACUCGAUGACCGCAGAGCUCAAUACGUUCUUCCCAUUCGACCCCUACAAGCUUCCGCGCUCUGGGUCAUACAUACAGGGCGUAUAUCGGGAGUGGUCGUCUGUGGCAAUCGAUGACGAUGAAGACGAAGAUGACGAAGAUGACGAGCACGGCGACGACGAGGAAGAUGACGAGGUGGUCGACGGCCCUGGAGUCGAUGGUAUCCUGAUGACAGGCGGGAAGGCUGCUGAUGGGGAGGACGAGGCAGAUGGGUUGGGAGAGUCUUUCGGUGGCAUGAGCAUCAGUCCGUACCGGCCAGGGAGUAUGGCCAUGAGCAUAUCGGUGUCGUGAGAGGUCUCAUUUGGUGUUGCUAGUUUGCGUCCGGUUGUCUGUCGACAUUGCUAUAUGCUAUCUGGAUCUCCUCUUCGCGUUAUGUGUCUGAGAAGGAUGUCAGCUUGGCUGCAGCCAAGGGCAACGGUCAUGAC